AUGGGUUUGGUGCUAGAAAGAGUGACUCUCUUCCCAGACAUGUUAACUCUCCCUGCAGGUGGCUCAGCCACCUUCUUCUGCAACAUCUCCAUGGAGAACACCUCUGGCUCGGAGUACAGCCUCAACUGGUACAAAGAGACCAACCACAGCCAGCCCCAAAAAAUUGCUGAGAUCAGCCGGAACAGCCCCACCAUGAAGACAGAGAAGUAUUUGCUCACAAACCACACUCCUGCCUUCAAGAUUGAGAUCUUGAACCUUCACCAGAAUGACUCAGGCUCCUAUUACUGUGGGCUGAUCGCCUUCUUCCAAUCCAAUAAAGUGAUUGAGAGCAACCGGUCCCAGCUUGUGGUCACAGAAGCKCCUGAGAAAAAAAACACCACUGACGAGCCUCACAUAGACGACGGGAGCAGCCCCGAUUACACCAAGGCUGUGCUCAUGGGCAUCCUGUUGCUGGCCGGUGCUGCUGCGCUCCUCGUCUUUGGCUACCUCACCAUCACAUACAGGAGAGGAAAUGCGAAAAAAACACCACGUGAAAAUACAGCAACGAAAGAGAAGCCGCCUGUCGUGUCUGUGUCCACUGUGGACUACGGUGUGCUGGAAUUUCAGAGGGACCAGCACACGCAGGCACCCCCUGAGAUGCAGCCAGCUGACCAGACUGAAUACGCCACCAUCAUCUUCCCAGAGGAGAARCCAGUUACACCGGAGCGGGGAAAGAAAAAACAGCACCAGAGAAGUGGUCAGGUGCAGCUACAGCCCUGCUGAGGGGCUGGGAUCC